UCCGAAUUCAUUUAGCACGUGUAUUGUUCGUGGUGUGAUAGACAUUUUUGGCUUAUAACUUUAACGAAGAUCAUAUUGUAGAUUGUAUAAAAAAUAAAUCUUAUAUUAAUUGACUGUUCGUUAAUUGAAACUUGUCAUUAUGACACAAUUUGGAAACGUGACAGCUGAUCAACUAUUAACUGGUUCUAGUGUACUUUCUAAACCAGCAGAAGAAUUUGAAAACGAUCAAUCGGUGGAAGCAAUUUGGACAAUGGAAGUAAUAGAACACACAGAAGUUUAUUUCAAUCUUUUAUGUUCUGUUGAUCCUAAACAUCUGAAACUUACGCCCCACGAUGAUCACAUUUAUAAAACAUUUCGAGAAACAUUUCCAAAUCUUAAAGUAGAUAAAAUAAUUGAAGAUGAAUUUAAAUCAGAAGAAGAAAAGCAAAAAUGGCGUCCCUUCUGUGAACAAUUUAAAGAUACAGUUGAGGAUUAUAAUUUUGGAACAUUGUUAAGAGCAGAUUGUGAAGGAGAAUAUUCAGAGGAAAAUAGUAUAUUAACAACAAGAAUUCAAUUCUACGCAAUUGAAUUAGCAAGAAAUAGAGAAGGUCUCAAUGAUGGUAUACGAAGCAAAUACAAAAAAAACAAAUCAUAAUAUUUAGCUUAAAAUCAUCAUAAUAUUCUUAUGUGGAAUUUACAUUACAAUGAAAUUAAAAAAAAAGUACAUAAUUUUUAUACACUCAUCAUUAUCAGAUUCAACAAUUUAAUAAAAUGUUACUUAUAUAUCAGAAUUAGGAAUGGAACAUAUUAUUUUAUAUAAAUCAUGCAUUAAAGUAAUGUAAAUAAUUU